ACUACUGCACACUGAAUUACAUUUGUAUUAAAUCGCUCAUAAUACACCACCCCUGUAAAUAGAAAGGUAGAUAACAACACCCCAAACGUCAGGCUGGGGAGAGCACACCCUAACCGAGCUAGACUGUGUUGUCAUAGAACUGUCUGGCCGGGUAGACAACAAAACACACACUUUUUGGCCUGGCAAAUUCUGCAAUGUCAGUUACGGAUUUCAACAGUUCUCCCGAGGAACGAUUUAUUAACAGAAAAACAUCUAUUAUUAUGUUUGAUGGACGAGUAUAUUAAAUUGUUGUUGUUCGUUGUCUGUGGACGGCCUGACCUUGUAAACAAGAAAAAAUGGCUACUUCCCUAAACAAAGGUCAGAUUCCUUUCCGUGUCAAAGGUCAGACGAACUGUGUUCACCACAAAGGGGGACAACUGGACCUUUACUGUGAGGAAUGCCAGCAGCUUGCUUGUAUUAAUUGUCUUUCUUCUGUACAUCAGAAACAUUCUUUGUGUAGCCUUAGUGAACUCACUACUCAAAAGAAGGAAGACAUUCAAAAUUUUAUAGACAAAUCUGAGAAAAUUGACCUUGUACAAAUUGACCAGUACAUCACUGUUACGGAUACACAUCUAAAGGACAAUGCCGGCAACUUUGAGAAACUUUCACACCAGUUAAAGACACAAACUAACAAAUUAAAACUGGAUCUUGACCUCCUAACAGCUGAGAUUCUGUCUCUUUAUCAACAAAUUGAGGAGGAUAACACCAAGCUACUACAAUCCUACAAACAGGACCUGGAAAUGUACAGUACUCAGCUAAAAAAUCAAGUACAAGAAUGCAAAAAAGCCCUUCAGCGAGGCUCUGACAUACAAAUCUAUGACACAGGAUGUGAUAUUCAAUCUCCUGUCACAAUCCCCGUAAAACCUGCCCUGGGUACCGCUAGCUUCAGUCCUAACCAAAAUCCUCAGGGUGACCUGAAACAAGCUUUUGGAGAAGUAAACAUUUCAGGUCAAGGUCAGGGGCAAGCCUUUCAAAGUCGUGAUCGUUCAGUUGGAACAUCUGCUGGAUUAUUCUCCACACAACCUCAGGCAAAACUAAAGAUAAAGACACCCUCUACUACUCAACAGAGAUCAAAUGGAAGAAAGGAAGUGACCAGUCCAGUAGAUACCCUGUUGUCUCAGACCAAGAUGUUGGGGGAGUGGGAGUCUCUAUGUGGCAUCACCUCUGUAUGUCCCACCACUGAUGGUCAGGUGUGGACCAGUUACUUUUCCAGUAAGACCUUAACUCUCCUGGACAGGAACGGGAAAGUUAUACAGGAGGUUAAACACAAUACUAAGAUCAGAGACAUAAGUCUGUCACCCACAACCAACACAAUGUGGGUCUGUGACUGGGAAAACCACAUCAUAGAGCUUGUGUCAGGACGGCUGGUACAUCGAUUCAGCUACGGGGAGGAACCACGGUGUAUCUGUAUUACAGCUAGUAACCAUGUCAUUGUGGGGAUGGACAAACACAUCUCAAUAUUCACCACUAAAGGUACAUUGGUACAUACUACAUUGGCAGCAGGGACGUGGAAACCAUUAGUGCAUGCACCAUACAGGAUCUCAGAGUGUCCUGUCACUCACAAUGUUGCAGUGGCUGACAUUGACGGUGGUAAAGGGAAACCAUGUGUAGUUGUCAUGGACACAGAUUUCAAGGUACUAUUUGUAUAUGGUGGUGAAGUCCCACUUACAUAUCAACCAACAUCAAAGUCAGGAGGUAAACAAUUUUACCCCUGGGGUGUGGUGUAUGACAGUGUGGGUAACCUGGUCAUAGCGGACUAUAACAAAAAGCGUGUCCUACUCAUCAGUGGGCGUGGUGAGUUCCUCAGGAACAUACACAGAGACAACAACAUACCACGGGCUGUUGGUGUAGACAAGGCGGAUGUCCUGUGGACUGUGUUUGGGUUUAACAAUGUCAAACUUCUACAGUACAGCAGGUUGUGAAAUCUGGACAAACCACCAUGAAUAUACAGAAACAAACACUGAAAGGAUGCUGAAAAAAAUAUCUUGAAAAAUUUCAACCCAAGAUGUAAACUACGGACCUGAGAAGUGUACCAACGCAUUAGACAGUAAUAAACAUGUACGACAAUUAUUGAAAUGUUUAAAUUAAAAACAACAACAAAAAAUCUAAUAAUUAAUUUAAUCACAAAAAAACUGAACAUGAUGUUUGACGAUAGUGAUGAACUUCGGAAGAACUUCUCGGCCUAAAAUAAUAUUUGACUUUUUUUUAGAAUCCAAAUUCUUUGAUGAAUAUCUAUUCCCGCUGAAAUGUAGUAAGUUGACUUGAUAUAUUCUGCUGCCAUUUUAAGCUGACCUGAUGUCACAAUAUGGCUGUCGAAUGAAUAUGUGAAUAUUUUUUAUAUAACUAGUUUUAACGAUCAGCUGUUCAAUUCAAUUACUCGAACAUGUGUUAUGCGUAAAUAAAAGUUUUUGU